ACACACACGCACGCACGCAAGGACGCAGAAGUUGACGCCACAUGUGAUUCUGGUCAGAGGAAAACUCCAUAUGAAACUGAUGUAGCGCGUUGUUGUGGAUUUAAACUGACUGUUCAUGUUGCACGUUGGAUGAACUUGAACAGUGUCCGAUCCUUUUUUUUUUGGCUGGCGAAAAAUCGGGACUUCUUCUAUGCACAUAUUAGGUUUACUGACCUUCUCUUGAAGUGUCUGUUUCUCAACGUCAGUCUGGGAGAAAAAAAAGGAAGAGGAAGGUUGGAAAACAAGAAGGAACAUCACAUCAGGAGGACUAACAACACUGGUGUAAAGGAAACAGCAUGCAUAGUAUAGGAAGGGAGGGUUGAGGUAUCAUUAGCCCUUCAACUUAGACUGUCCUCACCCUUGAGCCUGGAGCUCCGUGGCCCAGCAAUGAGUGCCACUGUGAGCUUUCAGUCCCACACCACACUCGCCGUAAAGCAGUCGGCAUGGAUAGCAGUGUAUUUUCCUUUUACGUCAUCCUGGAGAUACUGAUUGCUGCACUUGCUGUGGCUGGAAAUGUGCUGGUGUGCUGGGCUGUUAGCCUGAACAGCAAUCUCCAGACCAUCACCAACUACUUUGUGGUGUCCCUGGCAGCAGCUGAUGUGGCCGUGGGCCUCCUUGCCAUCCCAUUUGCCAUCAUUAUCAGCACAGGCUUUUGCAGUCACUUCCACGGAUGCCUGUUCAUUGCCUGCUUUGUCCUCGUGCUCACACAGAGUUCCAUCUUCAGCUUGCUGGCGAUCGCCGUCGAUCGCUACAUCGCCAUCAAGAUCCCACUCAGGUACAACAGCCUGGUGACGAAUCAGAGAGCUAAUGGCAUCAUCUGUCUGUGCUGGAUCUUGUCUGUGAUCAUUGGUCUGAUGCCGAUGCUUGGCUGGCACAUGCCCAGCUUCAGCGUCACCAAUGUCACGGACGACACUUGUUCCCCCGGCAUGACAAAGUGUCUGUUUGAGAGUGUGGUCUCAAUGGACUACAUGGUUUACUUCAACUUUUUUGUCUGUGUUCUCGUGCCAUUGGUGGUUAUGUUGGUCAUCUACGCCCGGAUCUUCAUGGUGGCUCGUCGGCAGCUCAGGCAGAUGGAGCACAAAACAUCAUUCAGCCACAGUGAGGGAUCAUCCUCGACCUCAUCAUCUCGCUCGGUGCUACAGAAGGAGGUCCAUGCUGCAAAGUCUCUCGCGAUCAUUGUGGGACUGUUCGCUGUUUGCUGGCUUCCUCUGCACAUCAUCAACUGCUUCACCCUGUUUUGUCCGAAAUGCCCGCGCCCACCGAUCUGGAUCAUGUACAUUGCCAUUAUUCUCUCACAUGCAAACUCGGUGGUGAACCCCUUCAUUUAUGCCUACCGUAUCCGAGACUUCAGGUUGACGUUUCGCAAGAUUAUACGGCAGCAUUUCCUCAGGCGGCAUGACAGGCUGGCCAACAGGAACACCUCCACCAAGAUUAGUGUCAUUGAAUCAUCCUUCACCAACAUGACUAAUGGCAAAGUGCCAGAUUGCAGUGCUGGGAAAAGUCUUUGUACAGAUAGAGACUUAUGUACAGAUAGAGACUUAUGUACAGAUAGAGACUCAAAUUCCUGUCAAAAUGAUAAAAAUCCAGAGUGCAACAUUUCUGAUCUACUUCCUGAUCAGAUUAGCAAUGAAAUUCCUUCCGAGAUUAUGCUGGUGAAGGACUGCUGCGUUAUCACUAAUGUCAGGCUGAGCUCCAUAUCCACAAGGACUAAACAUGUGGUGAAGCUUACAGAGGUCUCAUGAAGCAUGACAUUAGCCAAGUUUAAAAAACCUAUAGCCUUGUGUGUUCUGUACAUUCGAGGCCUGAUUACUGUCUGGAGUCAGAUAAGCUUUAGGUUCUCUGUAUCUACGUACAUUUGUGUGGGAACCGGAUGAACAUGGCUAUUAAAAUGCGACACAUCUCAAGUGUCUGGUUUAUUGGAUGGAUUUCCCACGUCUCACAAUUACG